GAGUCAAGGUACAUACAUGUAUUCGAGAUAUUUUGCUACCUAGGUAUUGUAUUGGCCAGCUUAAACUUCUCCUUUGAUCAAUUCAGAGAAGCAUUUUGAGCCAACUAUUUCAAAUUGAGGCGCAAAUGAAGUGAAGGGCGUGCAAUUGGCAUGUGAAAGUGGAUGUGACAUCAAUAAAGGGUCCAGCGAUUGGAUUCUACUUCGUACGAGUAUGGAUGCACUUGAGAGCUCUGUCCACGUCAAUUGCUUCACUAACACAAUUCUUUCACAGGUAUUGGAGGUCUAGACCCUAUAGGGUAAUCACAAUACAUAUAUUAAGCUCUUUAUCUGUUUUGCGGUCAAGAUCCUCGUCAGAUAGUAAGUUAUUAAAACUCUCUCACCGCGCAGAUAAAGUCAUCGAUAGAAGAUACUCAACACAAUGUAUCUUCCAUUCAUCGGACGGCUCUGCCCGUAAGUUUUAUUCCUAGCUAUGAUAUAGGGUGAUUGUUGAUCAAUUAUACAGGAGCGAAUAUUUGGCGCUAGUCAGCUCUUUCUUUCUUGUUGGAUUAGAAGCAAUAAUUAGGGUACUGACACUUGCGCUGCGUAUGUCCCCUCCCUUCAAACAUGUUUCAUGGAUCAUCUAACAGUGGCACAGCUUCGACGAUCAUAAAACUAUGCUAUCGAGGCUCGAGGCGGCUCUUUAAUCGGUUCACAUCCCCGGCAGCUAAGAGAUCAGAGACACGGAAGCAAGGUUGGAGCGGUCCUUCAGUAGAAGUAGAGCGAGGAUUAGGACUGACAAAUUCAGAUAUAUCCACCUCGAUUCGAAAUGCUUCAGACUUUGUAGAUCUCUGCGAAUUAGCUGGUUAUUAUGCCGAAGAACAUGUUGUACAAACCGGAGAUGGCUAUUUGCUAUGUCUUCAUCGGCUUGGUUGGAAGAAAGGAGAAGAAAAUACAAAAGUCAAUAGUGGAUCAAAUAGCAUCAAGAAGCCUGUUGUAUAUCUACACCAUGGCUUGCUCAUGAAUAGUGAGGUUUGGGUAUGUUUGACUGAUAAGGAGAGAUGCUUAGCUUUCACCCUGGUGGAUAGAGGAUAUGAUGUUUGGGUAAGUUCAACCCGUGUUAAUAUCGCUCACACAAGAGACUAACGAUUGUAGCUUGGAAACAAUCGUGGAAACAAAUAUUCUAAGAAAUCCAUCCACCAUUCACCAGCAGACACGGCAUUUUGGGACUUCUCAAUGGAUGAAUUUGCUUUCCAUGAUAUCCCAGACACCAUUCAAUACAUACUUGACACAACCUCUGCGCCAUCCUUGUCGUACAUUGGAUUCUCUCAAGGAACAGCUCAAGCUUUUGCAACUUUGGCUGUCCAUCCGAAACUCAACGAUCAAAUUAAUGUAUUCAUUGCGCUUGCACCUGCGACGUCCCCAGCUGGUCUCUCGAAUGGCAUAGUAGAUGCCCUUAUCAAAGCAUCGCCUCAAGUUCUAUUUCUUCUUUUCGGCCGUCGCUCCAUCCUCUCAUCAGCAACUAUGUGGCAAUCCAUACUCUACCCUCCAAUUUUUGUUCGUCUCAUAGAUAUGGGCUUGUCGUUUCUUUUUGGUUGGCACGCCAAAAACAUAUCCACAUCACAGAAGCUCGCAGCCUACCCUCAUUUGUAUUCUUUCACCAGUACAAAAUCCGUUGUCCACUGGUUUCAAAUUAUCCGCACCAAGUCAUUCCAAAUGUACGAUGACGAGCCGCAACCUGUUUUUAGUGGAGUAGACAGAUACACUAAAGUGGCCAAAUUUCCAACUCGCAAUAUCAAAACACCAAUCGUUUUACUAUAUGGUGGCAGCGACUCACUAGUUGAUAUAAAUGUAAUGUUGAAACAACUUCCAAACCACACAAGCCAUAUCGAAAUUGCCCACUAUGAGCAUCUUGAUUUUCUCUGGGCUCGGGGAGUCGACACUCUAGUCUUCCCACAUGUUUUUGACGCCUUGGAAUCCUUCUACAAUGCUGAUCAUUCGAAAGAGGAGUACGAACAUUAUAAUCGCGCUCGUACUAACUCACUGCGCAUUGGUGCCAGCAACGACAGACUGUUGACCUACUUGAGCGAAGAGGAUAGCCAGUCAUUAGAAAGUGGAACAUAUGUCGAUGCGGACCCAACUACCAUAUUACAGCCUGCUGACGAAUCGUCAGCCGAUCUCAAAAUGAUCGAUGAUAUAUACAACCAUAAUAGUGCACGAAAACGCGUCAAGCUCAGUUCCAGAAACUCCCAUGUCAACAAUGAUAACUUUUCCGAAAAUUCUGCUAGUGGUGUCAUUACAUCCAACUCAUUCCCUCAAUUCGACGGUUCACAUCAUGCCCUCAAACCGAAACCUCAGCCCCUCCCAGAAAGCGCACAAGGAACACCCUCCACGCCCGCACCGAAUUUCCACCCUCCUCUUUCUCCUUCUAAUUCCCGCAUACCAAUCACUACCCCCUCCCCACAACCGAACUCCCAAACCCAAACAUCGACUCCCGCCCGCUUUCGAACCCCCCUUCGAAGCAGUUCUAUUGGCAGCAACAUUUCCUUCGAAACAAAAGGAAACAAAAGCAGAGCCGGAAGUAUAGGUGGAAGUGGCAUUAGCCUUGGUGUGGGGCGUGCUGUAGGUGGUGUAGUAUCUGGUUUAGGAGAAGGUACUAGGGGAAAAGAAGACGUGUAUGUGAGUGAUGGGGCUACAAGCAGAGCAGACAGUGGCGCGAGUAGGAACGAUACCGGGAAGGAAAAUGCAAAAGAGGGUGAAAGUACGAGGGGUUUUGGGGGAGUAUUGAGGAGGAAACCGGAGAGGAAAGAAGAUGAUGGAUCAUAGUGAAGAAUGAGAUUGGCUUACGGAUUGGAUGUUGCACAUACGAUUGUUGGGAACGGAUAAUUAGUAGAACGGCCAUGUGUUUACUGGCUCAUUAAUCCUCAAGAUAGGAUUACACAUCUUGACGGGGUAGUUUGUAUAUAGAAACGAGAGAUGAGAUUAGAAUGAUCAGCCAGCAUAGGGCGUUUGGGUUGGAUCGAAAUUUGCGAUGGAUGGAUGGAAAGAUAACACAGGAGCCUUCUUAAUGCUAUGCCUAU